AUGAAACCCACGAUCCAAUUAGCAGCCAAAAAAGAGCGAGCGGAACCAGGUUACUAUGGUCGUGUGAAGGACUUUGUCGUGGGGCAUCAUGGUAUCGGAAGCAUCAGAUUUCUCGGGGAAACAGACUUGAGAGGAGUGGAUCUUGAAUCUUUCAUCGGAAUCAUUCAAGGAAGAGUGGCCUAUAGUGUCGAGAAACCACUGGUUGGACACGGGUUUAACGGCACGGCUGAAAUGACGCUCGUGACCCUAAAGUUUUCGUACGGGAAGCUGGUCUGCCGCAACACCCAAAAACUGAUCAACAGUAAAGCUCUUAGUUUUAGAAUGCAGGUGGAGAAUAAUGGUGAGGAGUUUGUUUCGUAUGAUCCGAUUACUGGGGAAUGUAAGUGGAGGACCAACUAUUUCAGCGGGUUCGGGUUGAUCCGAUUUAAGGCAAAAGGAGAGUUUAGCGCAGGGGAUCAAGAAGUUGAUGGCGAGGCCGAGGAUACUGACCAAUUGGUGUAUAUGCGGUUCCGGAUAAAUUAA